GGUGCGCGAUAGGCUCCGGCCCAUGGGGGGCGGGCGUUCCGGCGAGGGGCGGGGCGGACGAGCUCGAAUCGGUGAUCUCCGAGCUGCUGCCGGAAGCGGCCCUAGGGAGCCUCCCUCGUGUCGGGCCAUGGCCACGGCCUUCAGCAGCGACGGCGAGACCGCGCUGCGGCGGCAGCUGGGACCAGCAGCGGCGCCGCGGGGGGACCUCGACAGCUUCUACGAGAUGGGCCGGGCUGCUGCCUUCGUGCGGGAAGGCGGGUUCUGCAAGAUUGCUCUCCAGUUUCCUGACGAGCUCCUGGCGGACGCGGUGGCAGUGGCGACCCAGAUGGAGGCGGCAACCGGAGCCGAAGUGUACGUCCUGGGAGAUACUACGUACGGCAGCUGUUGUGUGGACGAAGUGGCCGCCGAGCACGCAGGUGCCGAGGCGGUGCUGCACUAUGGCCCAGCUUGCCUCAGCCCCUGCAGAAAGCUCCCGGUGCUGCACAUCUUUGGGAAGCAGCCCAUGGACGUCAGGUGUUGCGCAGAGGCCUUCCGGGAGCUCUACCCAGACAGAGAGAGCCGAGUGGUGGUGCUGAGUGACGUGGUCUAUGCCCAUGCGAUGGGUGAGCUGGAACAGCAGUUGUCCCCUGACUACCCUAAUAUCGUCUUCUCCAGGGUGGUGUGUGGAGACCCACCUGGCCCUGCACUGCCUGGAGACGUGCGACAGUUUGGCCGCCAGUUCCCAGUGGAGGCACCAGGAGGGCUGCAGGACUGUGCUAUGUUCUAUGUGGGAGCUGAGGGCCUGGCCCUCACCAGCUUCAUGCUGACCUGGAACUGCUGCCCCUUCAGCUCCUUUGACCCUGCUACCAACUGUGGCCGCCGUGAGACCUUCAAUGUCAACCGGGCCCUGAUGCGACGCCUGUACCUCGUGGAGCGGGCCCGGGAUGCCCAGGUGGUGGGCAUCCUGGUGGGUACUCUCGGUGUGGCAGGCUACCUCACUGUGUUGCAGCACCUCCGAGAGCUUCUGCGCUGGGCUGGCAAGCGCAGCUACACGCUAGCUGUGGGGAAGCCAAACCCUGCCAAGCUGGCCAACUUCCUGGAAGUGGACAUCUUUGUCCUGGUGGCCUGUGCUCAGAACUCCCUGCUGGACUCCAGCGAGUUUUACCGACCUGUUGUGACUCCCUAUGAGCUAGAGCUGGCCUGUAAUCCAGGCCGUGAAUGGACAGGGAACUACCUCACUGACUUCCGAGACCUGCUUCCAGGUGCCUGUGCUCACGUUGAGCUCCCAGCAGCUGUUCACGUGGAAGAGGCUGUUCCAGACAUCUCGCUGAUCACCGGAGAGAUGCGCGCUCUCCACUGCCGUGACCCCCCAGCCCCUCAGCUGCCCCCCAGCACCGCCCUGGCCUGCAGGGACCAGACACAGGCUCUCGCACAGAUCAGCCCUGCUGCCUCCUUCCUGGAGUCCCGCAGCUGGCGUGGCCUGGAGCAGCAGCUGGGGCAGACACCUGUGGCCAAGGCUGUGCAGGGUCGACGUGGGAUUGCCAUUGCCUAUGAGGAUGAGGGACGAAAGCAACCCUGAUGUAGCAGCAGCAUGGGCACCUAGCCAGGAGCAGGACGCUAUUGGGACCUAGGUGUUGCCUGCCACCUCGUGUCAAACCCGUGAGACUGGACCCGUCUGGACUUACCCUCAGUUGGCACUUUGCUGGAUGCUGCCUUGGAUCAAUAGCACAGUAGUGGGAGAGCAGUAGUUAACCUGUGCUCAGGCACCCUAGCGUUCCCGGGCAGGUGUGUUGCCAGCUGUGAGGCCCAGGGAGGUGCCUGACUCAGGGCUCCCCAGUCCAGGGCAGCUUUGGCUCUACAAAGGUCACAUCUUUGCACAAAUCAACAUCACCAGGUUUCAAGCCUUGUGUGGAAUACUGCUAAGUAAAGUGAAACUGAAAAGGACUUGAGUGACUCAUCUUCUAGAAUAAAACAUGGUCUGAGGAGCACAGAUGACCCAGAGUGAAGACACAGGCCCUGCUGCCCACUUGGGUGCAGCCCUAUGCAUCAGCUAAAAACAGCCCCAGAGAACAGCAAGCUCCAGAAUUGAAAGUCUGUUUGCAGGUUGGGCUGGGGAGCUAAGGCAAAAAGUGAGGGCUUGGAGUAUGAGCAACCCCUCACCUGCUCUGCAUAACAGAAGGGGGGAACAUGCAUCCUGUGCUGCAGGGAGGACCCUGUGUUUUGCAGGGAUGGACUCUGGCCCCUCCCGUGUGGGACAGAGAAAUACAACACAAUACUGUUUUUUGUCAUCCCUCCUGUAGCCAGUAGGGGACAGGAGAUGUUGAAGCAUCCCAGCUGGUUUAACUUCCUCCCUUGGGCUCUUCUGCAGAGGCAAAGAGCAGGCAAAGUCCAGGCACUGCGAUAACAACAGCCACAACAUAGAAAUAUUCUUAAUAUAAUUAGGUGCAGGGCCUCCCCCCUCCCAACCAUACACGUACAAACGAGCAGGGGGCAAGCCCCCACACCCAGCCCACCACUGCCACGGACACAGGGGCAGCCUCCCCACCGCGGGGCACAGGCACCCGCGGGGAGGUGCCAGGGAAGGGCUAGUAGCCCAGGUGUGGGGCAGCCCAUGCUGGAGCCGUUCUGCCCAGGCUUCCCCCCCUCCCUGCCGCCGCCUCCUGCAGCCGGCACUCCAGUCCCCUGCGAGGGGGGCACAUGCUAGGGGAAACAAAGAUGCUGACACCAAGAUGUGGCCACCAAAUCUAGCUGGGGAGCAUCCUUAGUGGGUUAAUUCUAGGUGGAGGAUUAUUCUACGAGCCGUACUGCAGCAGGGUAGGGAGGAUGGGGGUGGGGGGGCUUCCUUGCAGGGAAGAACUGGUCUGGGCAAAGUGUCCACGGUCCUGUCCAGGUGCUCAGUAGUCUGCUGUGUACUCUGUGCCAUGCAACCCUCGGCACAGCAGAGUGAACUCCUUCACCAUCUCCUUCACUCGCCGCUUGUUCACACGCUCUCUGCUAAGACAGAGGGAGGGGAGAAACAUGAAGCAGAAGGAACAUGCCAGGCCCAGUGGGGAGGGAUGUUGUUCCCACUGCACAGCCACCACAGGGAGGGGUGCAUGAACCUGAGGAUUUGCUGGCUGAAGUUCUCCUUCUGCUCGGGGGUGAUGCGGGCUGAGGGGAAGCCAUCUUGCUGCAUGGCCUCCUUGAUCCAAACGCUUAGGUAGCUGAAGCAGUGCUUGUUCAAGGCAAAGAGGAUUUCUGCGAAGUGAUCCAUGAGGCUGCGGGAAGCCUGGCCACCGACACCCUGCCACAGCAGAUGGACCCUGCUGAGCCCUCCAUGCUGCUCUGCCUGCAACCCACCCAUGCUGCUGGGCUCUCUGCCUCCGUUUUCGCAAGGGUGCUGCUCAGGAACAGAGCCCACAGCUGCCCCUUGUCUCUCACCUCCAGCACUGCCUGGAGCAGCACUUUGCCAUUCUCGUGCACGACCUGUCCCACCGGGGCAAUCUCUCCGCAGCGGGGCAGCAGCUCUGU